AUCUCUGAUCAACAUAGGAUUAAAUAAAUUUAUUUUCCUUUUUUUUUUUUUUUUUGAUCUUUGGGAUUUGUCAAUGGGUUUUGAAUGACGCCGUAAGCGGUGACGCCUGCAAUGCCAAUUUGUCUGGUAUCGUGAGCAACAGCAGGAGAGAACGAGAAAUACAAAGGAGGAAUCGAAUAAUUUCCAUGGUAGCGCACGCGCUUGAAUCCAAAGAAUAGCUUCCUAUGGAGCCUUGGCAGUGUUAGACUUGUCUGAGUGGUGAACGACGACUCUGCUAGGGAAGGAAGAUAGAGAAGUGAUUCAAGAUGGCUUUUGGGCCGUUGGUUUGGUAUUGCAGGCCAGUCACAAAUGGGGUGUGGGCCAAAUUAGUGGAUAAUGCAUUUGGUGUUUACACACCCUGUGCAACUGAUACCUUGGUGAUUUCCAUAUCUCAUUUUAUCCUUCUAAGUCUGUGCUUCUAUCGAAUAUGGCGGAUUAAGAAGGAUUUCAAAGUCCAGAGGUUUUGCUUGAGGUCAAAUUACUAUAAUUAUAUGUUGGCAUUAUUGGCUGGUUAUUGUACUGCUGAGCCUUUGUUCAGAUUGAUCAUGGGUAUCUCAGUCUUUAAUCUCGAUGGCCAAGCAGGUCUUGCUCCAUUUGAGGUGGUUUCCCUGAUCAUUAAGGCUUUUACUUGGUGCUCUAUGCUCGUCUUGAUCGGAAUAGAAACUAAAGUAUACAUCCGUGAGUUUCGAUGGUAUCUCAGAUUUGGAGUCCUUUAUACUUUGAUAGGGGAAGCUGUGAUGCUCAAUCUCAUUCUUUCAGUGAAGGAGUUGUAUGAUAGGUCUAUUCUGUAUUUGUACAUCAGUGAGGUCGUCUUGCAGGUUUUAUUUGGGAUAUUGUUGCUCUUCUAUGUUCCUGACCUGGAUCCUUAUCCGGGUUAUACCCCAAUGUGGACUGGAUCGGUUGACGAUGCAGAAUAUGAAGAAAUUCCAGGAGGAGAGCAAAUUUGUCCUGAGAGGCAUGUCAACAUAUUUUCAAGAAUUACUUUUGGAUGGAUGAAUCCCAUCAUGCAGCUAGGCUCCAAAAGACCAAUUACAGAGAAGGAUGUCUGGAAAUUAGAUUCCUGGGACCAGACUGAGACACUGAACAACAACUUCCAGAGAUGCUGGGCUGAGGAAGCUCUAAGGCCUAAACCAUGGCUCUUAAGAGCAUUAAAUCGUAGCCUUGGUGGAAGGUUUUGGUGGGGAGGUUUUUGGAAGAUUGGCAAUGAUCUUUCCCAAUUUGUGGGCCCACUUAUUCUGAACCAGCUCUUACAGUCUAUGCAACAAGGAGAUCCAGCUUGGAUUGGUUAUAUCUAUGCUUUCUCAAUUUUUGUUGGAGUGGUAUUCGGGGUAUUAUUUGAAGCUCAGUAUUUUCAGAAUGUCAUGCGUGUGGGUUUCCGGGUUAGAUCAACUUUGGUUGCUGCUGUGUUUCGAAAAUCCUUAAAGCUAACACAUGAGGGUCGCAGACAAUUUGCAUCUGGAAAAAUAACCAACCUUAUGACGACUGAUGCUGAAGCCCUCCAGCAAAUAUGCCAAUCACUUCACACUUUGUGGUCAGCUCCAUUCCGUAUCAUCAUUGCAAUGGUUCUUCUUUACCAGCAGUUGGGUGUUGCUUCACUUCUUGGUGCACUAAUGCUCGUUCUUCUGUUUCCAAUACAGACUGUAGUGAUCAGCAGAAUGCAGAAACUAUCAAAGGAAGGGUUGCAACGUACAGACAAGAGGAUUGGCCUCAUGAAUGAAAUUUUGGCUGCCAUGGACACUGUAAAGUGCUAUGCAUGGGAGAAUAGUUUCCAAUCCAAAGUUCAGAGUGUCAGGAAUGAAGAAUUGUCAUGGUUCCGGAAAGCAUCAUUUCUGGGAGCAUUUAAUGUUUUUAUGCUAAACAGCAUUCCAGUUGUAGUGAUUGUGAUUUCAUUUGGGAUGUUCACUCUGCUUGGAGGGGAUCUCACACCUGCAAGGGCAUUUACAUCACUUUCUCUGUUUGCAGUCCUACGGUUUCCCCUGUUUAUGCUUCCUAAUAUAAUAACCCAGGCUGUAAAUGCAAAUGUAUCCUUGAAGCGACUGGAGGAACUAUUCUUAGCUGAAGAGAGAAUUCUUCUACCAAAUCCACCUCUUGAACCUGGACUUCCAGCCAUCUCAAUCAAGAAUGGAUACUUUUCUUGGGAUUCAAAGGCUGACAGGCCUACAUUGUCGAAUGUCAAUUUGGAUAUACCAGUUGGUGGUUUGGUUGCAAUUGUCGGCGGUACUGGAGAAGGAAAAACAUCACUUGUAUCGGCAAUGCUGGGGGAGCUGCCUCCAAUGUCAGAUGCAAGUGCUGUUAUAAGAGGAACAGUUGCUUAUGUUCCACAAGUUUCAUGGAUUUUCAAUGCCACUGUGCGGGGUAACAUAUUAUUUGGAUCUCCCUUUGAAGCAGCGAGAUAUGAGAAAGCAAUAGAUGUGACUGCAUUGCAGCAUGACCUUGACUUACUGCCUGGUGGUGAUCUUACUGAGAUUGGUGAAAGGGGGGUGAAUAUUAGUGGUGGUCAAAAGCAACGAGUUUCCAUGGCUAGGGCAGUAUAUUCCAAUUCAGAUGUGUACAUAUUUGAUGACCCUUUAAGUGCUCUAGAUGCUCAUGUGGGUCGACAGGUUUUUGAUAGAUGCAUCAAGGGAGAAUUAAGAGGGAAAACCAGAGUUCUCGUCACAAACCAGCUACAUUUUCUUUCACAGGUUGAUAGAAUUAUCCUAGUACAUGAAGGUAUGGUGAAGGAGGAGGGGACCUUUGAGGAACUAUCUAAUAAUGGGAUGAUGUUCCAAAAACUGAUGGAAAAUGCGGGAAAAAUGGAAGAGUAUGUGGAAGAAAAUGGUGCUGAGGAAAAUAUUGAUGAUAAAACCUCAAAGCCUGUUGCUAAUGGGGUGGUGGACAAACUUCCAAAUAAUUCAAGCAACACAAGUAAACCAAAAGAGGGAAAAUCUGUUCUUAUCAAGCAGGAAGAACGGGAAACAGGUGUUGUCAGUUGGAAAGUUUUGGUGAGGUAUAAGAAUGCUUUAGGAGGCCUAUGGGUAGUUAUGAUACUCUUUAUGUGCUAUAUCCUGACUGAAACUCUACGGGUUUCAAGCAGCACAUGGUUAAGUCAAUGGACAGAUCAAGGUGGUUCAAGGACUCAUGGACCUGGUUACUACAAUCUGAUAUAUGCAAUGUUGUCAUUUGGUCAGGUACUGGUGACAUUGGCAAAUUCAUAUUGGUUGAUCAUGUCAAGUCUUUAUGCAGCCAAAAGGUUGCAUGAUGCUAUGCUUGGCUCUAUUUUAAGAGCUCCAAUGCUUUUCUUCCAUACCAAUCCAAUUGGACGGAUAAUCAAUAGAUUUGCAAAGGAUCUAGGUGACAUAGAUCGCAAUGUUGCCGUAUUCGUAAAUAUGUUUCUGGGCCAAAUUUCCCAACUCCUUUCAACUUUUGUGUUGAUAGGGAUUGUGAGCACCAUGUCCUUGUGGGCCAUAAUGCCACUUCUGGUAUUGUUCUAUUCGGCCUAUCUAUAUUACCAGAACACAGCCCGUGAAGUAAAGCGGUUGGAUUCCAUAACCAGAUCACCUGUUUAUGCACAAUUUGGAGAAGCGCUGAAUGGACUCUCAACAAUUCGUGCUUACAAAGCAUAUGAUCGGAUGGCUGAUAUUAAUGGACAAUCCAUGGACAACAAUAUAAGAUACACCCUUGUGAACAUGAGUUCGAACCGCUGGCUUGCAAUCCGUCUGGAAGCAUUAGGGGGACUCAUGAUUUGGUUAACUGCAACCUUUGCUGUCAUGCAGAAUGAGAGGGCAGAAAACCAGCAGGCAUUUGCAUCUACUAUGGGUCUGCUUCUCAGUUAUGCUUUAAAUAUUACUAGUCUAUUGACUGGUGUACUGAGACUUGCUAGUCUAGCUGAAAAUAGUUUGAAUUCUGUUGAGCGAGUUGGCUCUUAUAUAGAAUUGCCUUCAGAAGCUCCACUUGUAAUUGAGAGCAAUCGUCCCCCUCCUGCAUGGCCUUCAUCAGGAUCCAUCAAAUUUGAGGAUGUUGUUCUACGUUACAGGCCUGAACUUCCUCCAGUCUUGCAUGGAUUGUCCUUCACAAUUUCUCCAAGUGACAAGGUAGGAAUAGUUGGAAGGACUGGGGCAGGCAAAUCUAGCAUGCUUAAUGCUUUAUUUCGGAUUGUAGAACUGGAAAGGGGAAGAAUCUUGAUUGAUGAUUGUGACAUUUCAAAGUUUGGACUGAGGGAUCUACGUAAAGUUCUUGGUAUUAUACCACAAUCACCAGUUCUUUUCUCAGGAACUGUGCGAUUCAAUCUUGAUCCUUUCAACGAGCACAAUGAUGCUGACCUCUGGGAGGCUUUAGAGAGGGCACAUUUGAAGGAUGUUAUCAGGAGGAAUUCUCUUGGUCUUGAUGCUGAGGUUUCCGAGGCCGGAGAGAAUUUCAGUGUUGGACAGAGGCAACUUUUAAGUCUUGCUCGAGCAUUGCUGCGGAGAUCAAAGAUUCUUGUUCUUGAUGAAGCAACAGCUGCUGUUGAUGUCAGAACUGAUGCUCUCAUUCAGAAAACCAUUAGAGAAGAAUUUAAAUCAUGUACAAUGCUCAUUAUUGCUCAUCGUCUAAAUACCAUCAUUGAUUGUGAUCGAGUUCUUUUGCUUGAUGCUGGUCGGGUUCUAGAAUAUGAUACCCCAGAGGAACUGCUUUCAAAUGAUAGAAGUGCUUUCUCUAAGAUGGUUCAAAGUACUGGAGCUGCCAAUGCUGAAUACUUACGCAGCCUAGUACUUGGUGGGGAAGGAGAGAACAAGUUGGGCAGGGAAGACAACAGGCGGCUUGAUGGGCAGAGAAGAUGGCUGGCCUCUUCCCGCUGGACUGCUGCUGCACAGUUUGCUCUUGCUGUUAGCCUCACUUCAUCACAGAAUGACCUUCAGCAGCUGGAGAUUGAAGAUGAAAACAGCAUCCUCAAGAAAACAAAGGACGCAGUUAUAACUCUGCAGGGAGUUUUGGAAGGAAAGCAUGACAAAGUUAUUGAAGAGACACUAAAUCAAUACCAGGUUUCUAGAGAUGGAUGGUGGUCAUCCCUCUACAGAAUGAUUGAAGGUCUAGCAGUGAUGAGCAGGUUGGCUCGAAACAGGCUUCAGUCAGAAAAUGGUUUUGAAGACAGAUCAAUUGACUGGGACCGUAUCGAAAUGUAGACAACAGUAUGCCUCUGGUUCUUCACACGCUUACGAAAAGCGGGAAUAAAGUUCUGAUCAUGAGUUGAUUUUGGAUUACCAAAAUCUCUGAUUAUCUGCCUAUAACUCUGUAUAUUAUAUAACCAAUAGUAUUCUGUUACUAUUAUUCUUAGAAUAUUUGAUAAUUUUGUAGGUUGUGAGACGAUGGUAAAAGGGUUGUUACCAUCAUUAUUUUCUAGUAAAGAAGUUCGGAAUUUGAUGA